UGUGCGGAAGUCUUUUGCUGCGUGGGGGCAAAUUCAAUCGCUUGGUGCUACCUACUCUCCCUUGUGGCAAAACUGGCAGCGUCACACGAUUGAGAGCUCAGUGCAACGCUUGAGUUUUUGUUGCAAGUCCGAGAGGAAGUAGCGAGAGCAGGCAACAUGCGAAAUGCUCGCAGUGUUGCGGCAUUAGUUGCGGCGUCUCUGACUGCUGAUGGAGUCCUGGCUGCGAGCGAUGUGUGCACCCCACCGGAGCACAGCGUGCUCACAAGCAACUGCUACGACGCUUGCAGCUCGUCACUCUGCGUAAACUACGCGUCAUCGGCAACAGAGGACAGGAGCAAGGAGGGCAGUGAUGCCGGAUUUUUCUACCGCGGUUGUCCAACCGCUGAUAUGCCGACGUGCAAGGCAAAUGUGACUUCGGGAGGCUGCCAAGUGCAGUGCUUAGUGAAUUCGCCAGCUAGCUGGAGUACGCCACAGUGGACGCUGACAAUUGCUCAACCUCAAAGCGACAAGACCGACACUGCAGUUUUCCAGCAGAUUGACGAUCUCACGUUGCCAGCUACCUUACAGAAUCUUACGAUUGUUGGUGCGACAGCAAGCUCACAUAUCGCUGUCCCGCUCUCUUUCUCGUCGGAUGCCUUCCGCGGAGGCACAGCAUUGCAGCAAAUUAUCAUUCAACGGGCAAAGCUCACCCAGUUUGAUCCUCGUGGCUCACUCGCUUUCACUUCGGUGUCCACUUUAGAUCUCCGGGACAAUCAACUGUCCGACAUUCCUACUAUUAUUUAUGAAAUGCGCAACCUGUCCGCACUGUAUCUUCAAGGCAACACCAUCGCCAAUGCCCACGUCACCCUCCCGCAGCUACAAUAUUUGCAGGAAUUACCCGUUUUCGAAGCCAAUCUCACAGUCGAUGGAAGCUGCUCCUUCGGUUACGAAGCUGUGUCGUGGAAAGACAAGAAAAUAUGUUACACCCAUGGGGAUGGUCUGGGCAGCAUCAAUAGCUCAGGGUCCAAGGAAAAAAGCACGAAGUCUACAGCUAGUGAGAGCAGCAGCACGUCUGUGGUGCUCUAUGUUGUUCUCGGGCUUGUCUUCGUUAUCGUUCUGGCUGUGGCUGGCGGUGUUGUACUUCUUCGACGAUUGAAGCAGAAGACUGUCAAGGAGCAGCAUGACUCGCUUGUAUCUGCCGAUGGUAAUAAACUCAAGGCCAACCUGAAAAGUUUCAGGGCACGAAUGGGUGUGAACGGUACGAUGCAGACUACGGAGCUUGAGACUUCGCUGAACGAUUAUAACACUGGAGGAGGACUGCGCAAGGCUCCAUUCAAGGAGAUCCCGGCCACCGAUAUGGUAAUGCUCAACCAGUUGUCAGCUUCGGGGCCUGUAGUGGUCGCGCUUGCCGAGCAUCGUACGAAGUUGGUACUCGUGACUAAGCUUCAACCCAGUGACGAUGAUGUGGAGGCUGCUUUGGACAUGGUGCCAACGCUUUCGCAGAUGCGUCACCCACAGCUUCUCUCGAUUACUGGACUGGUUUGGGACGACCGCCACGCAAUGACUGCAGUGUGUGAAUACAUGACACUGGGGACUCUUGAAGCGUACCUCCGCAGUGCUGGAUCUAAGCUUAACUGGGUGAAUUUCAAGAUGAAAGCAGCCGCUGAAAUCGCACGUGGUCUCAUGUACUUGCACAGCCAGCACAUGGUCACAUAUGACGGACUUAAUGGCAGAAGCGUGUUCGUGGACCCUAGCAAGGGCUGCAAGCUGAACCCGAUUCAGGCUGCAUUGCCUACGGAUGGAUCAUCGCCUUACAGUUGCCAGUCAUACUAUCGUUGCUGCGACUCCACGUCCAAAGCGUUUUUUGCUCCUGAAAUUUUGAUUGGCGAGCCAUCACGGUCGUCGUCCGACAUGUAUGCGUUUGGUGUGUUGCUGGCACAUCUGGACACUUGCCAGACUGCGGAUGAAAUGAUUAGGAGCUCGUGGAGAAUGCGUACACAUAUCGGCGAUUUCGACGCGGACAACGGUACUCUUCUUUCCACCGAUGGCACGGUUGUGUCGACGAAUGUUUCCGAUUCCGAUAGCUCGCGACGACGUACCACCCAUCUCGACAGCCUACCGAGUGUAAACAACGGACGUAUGUUGCAAAGCUCGCGCAGUCUUGCGUUAGAGGAAAACCGUCGUCGAACGACACCUGUGCUUGGUACCCACAACAACGAUGAGACCAGCUUCAUGAACAUGUUCACGUUCACACCCGAAUGCCCCACGAUGGUCAAGGAGCUGGCGGGUGCGUGUCUUCAGUACGAUCCAUCGCUACGACCCAGCGCGUCCUACAUAGCAGCCAUGCUGCACAUUUAG